GUCACCAUCGUGGUUUUGGGCAACAAGUGUGACCUGCAGGAGCAGCGCCGGGUGGACCAUGACGCAGCCCAGCACUGGGCCAAGGGCGAGAAGGUGAAGCUGUGGGAGGUGUCCGUGGACGACCGGCGCACGCUCAUCGCGCCGUUCAUAUACCUGGCCA